AUGCGCAGGGCGAAUUCAGCAAUAGAGAGGGAAAGAUAUCCUAUCCCUACAAUUGAGGAAAUCUUGUACGACCUUAAUGGCUCAACUGUUUUCUCAAAACUCGACAUCAAGUGGGACUUCCACCAGGUGGAACUUGGUGAAAGAUCGCGCGAGAUCCCAACGUUUGUUACCCACCUUGGUUUGUACAGACUCAAUCAAUGUGAACCUAAAGACUCAAGUGGGGAGGAAUUUGACUUUGUUAAGGCAGUCGCCGAGGAGAGUUUACCUGUUGCUCUGACAGCGAAACAAGUCAAACGAGCUUCUGAUAGUGACCCAGAACUUGCUAGCCUGAGACAGCACAUUUUAAGUGGGGACUGGUCUCAAUGUAAGAAGACAGCUUAUGUAUGUGUCAAGGAUGAAUUGUGUGUGUUGGGAAAACUUGCUCUGCGUUGUACAAUAAGUGUUGUUCCGAAGGCUUUACGGGGAGAUGUCUAG